AACCGUUUAAGGAAAAAUAAUGAAAAUUUUGGAAUUGUGUCAGUUUCGAUGGGUACUCAUAUAAUGAAUGACAGGCCUUUUUCGAGCCCAUUGAAUGCCGCUGAUGGGGACAGACGCCGAGGAUAUGAAGAUGAGGAUACCGACGAAAGAGCAUCUGGUGACAGCAUUAAGACCCAGAUAGAUCAGAUCCAGAAAUUCGCUGGUUUCAGCAUUGGACUCUCAAGUAUAUUUGCAGAGCAGGUUCUGUCACAUCCAUGUAUUGUGUUGAGGAGACAGUGUCAGGUACACCACAACGGAGAGUGGUACCAUGUUACCCCUUUCACACUCUUCCAGGUUCUCAUCAACCUCCAGAGGCAUCAGGGCAUGACUACUAUGUGGAAGGGCAUUGGAAGUGUGUUUGUGGUGCGUGGAAUCUUCAUGGUCAGCGAGACUGUUAUCAGUGAACUAACACCCUUACCUAAGGAAAUUUCUCGACACAGUUCCUUGAAGAAAUAUGGUGAACAUCUCCUUUUGAAAGCACUGUCCACCGUGGUGACCACACCCUUCUUUGCUGCCAGCCUCAUUGAGACAAUCCAGAGUGACAUAGCCAGUGAGAAGCCGGGAAUCUUGGACUGUGUGAAGGAAGGUCUGACGAGGGUGUUUGGGUGGGGGAUGCCACAGACUACACGUCUGCUGCCAGUGUGGCGCCUAAUCCUGCCCACAGUUGCGUACCAGUUGUCCCACUACAUCAUCACCUCUAUAGCACAGUUCACCGUGACAUCCACCAUCCGGUCAGAGCAGCAGGAGCUCCGGGACCACAGUGUUGAUGUUGGAGACACAGGGAGGUCAGUUUAUGAGAUAUACUUCCCUGACCUCCUGGCGACCUUCACAGGCAACGUAUUGGCAGACCUGAUGCUUUACCCACUAGAGACGGUGUUGCAUCGUAUGUAUGUGCAGGGAACACGCACCAUCAUUGACAACACAGACUUAGGCACCGGUGUUCUACCUAUCAGCACAGGAUACGAGGGCUUUGUAGACUGUUUCAAGUGCAUAUUGUUAGAGGAAGGACCUUUUGGAUUUUACAAAGGUUUUGGUGCACUCGUUCUUCAAUAUGCUCUCCAUGCUGCUAUUUUGAAAAUGGCUAAGUAUUUAUUUGAAAAGCUAUCCCAUGAGCUCUCUCCGAGGCGAAGACGACACCCGACACCACAGAGAAUGUCCUCCAAUGAAACGCCAUAUACACUGUAUGGCCAGAGGCGCUACACUCGGGCUACCUCCAAGUACCAGCCAUAGAUGGCUCUGUCCAAGCAUCAUCUGACCCAUGGACCUCAAUGGAAACAGUUUUCAACAUAGAUCAGUCAAAGGAUUUCCAGUCAGAAGAUGUAACAUCAUUCCUCAGGGAGAAAGUUAAAAUCAAGCAACGGUCAGGAUAUGGGACUGAAAAUGAAAUUGUAAAUUUAGAUUGAUUUUUAAGUCAGUAUACAUUUGCUGUUGUUAUGAUUUAAACAGGAAAUACAUGUUUGUACACCAAACUGAAAUUGCUGUGAAGGAAGUUGUACAUAUCAGAAAGGGGGUUGAGCAUGACAUCCCUGACCUACUGUGCACAUCCAGGUGGAAGGACAGUGACCCACCAGAAACCUGCCUCAUACCCAGUGUAUGUAACCUGAAACAUGGUGUAACACUGGAUUUGUCUGGCGGGUCAUGCUGCAGCAGGGAACAUAGGCUGCAUUCCUUGUACAUGUAUUGAACUAUAGGUACAUGAUUGUGUUAAAAAAAUGUGAAAAAGUGUUGUAUACUGCUAGGUACAUGAGAUUGAUUGGUUUCCGCUUGUGUCUGUGAAACUGCUGAUCCUGAACAUUUGUAUUACUGAACACACACUUUCAAGACAGAACACCUGCUUACAGGACUGUACACACGUUUGUAGGACAGACCACACUUGCAGGGAUGAACACACGUUUGUAGGACGGAAUACACACAUUGGCAGGACAGACCACACUUGCAGGGAUGAACACACGUUUGUAGGACGGAAUACACACACUGGCAGGACAGACCACACUUGCAGGGAUGAAAACAUGUUUAUAGGACGGAAUACACACAUUGGCCGGACAGACCACACUUGCAGGGAUGAACACACGUUUAUAGGACGGAAUACACACAUUGGCCGGACAGACCACACUUGCAGGGAUGAACAGGUGCAGGACAGAAUGCAGUAGCAGGACUGAAUAUAUUUGCCAAACUGAACCCACACUUGCAGGACUACGUAUAUUUACUUGUCUGAACAAACUUGCUGGACUGAACACAGCGAAGAGAGUGCCACCAUAGUUCCCUCAUAUUGUCAGGUCCACCUGACAGUGUGCACAUCUGACUUACAUCAGAUAGUUGAGUUAACAGCCUGUAUAUAUUGAUAUAAGUAAUAUAUAAUUACCUUGUACAUAUGACUAAUUAUGUUCCUGUAAUGUCUUAAUGAAUCUUAAAGAUUAAACCUAGGUCAAUGAUUCAAGCUGUAAAUGUUGCCAAUGCCUAGAUGCACUUAUAUAUCAUUUAUAUAUGAUCUAGUCAGAGUAGAUAUUCACAGAAUCUUAUGCUAAAUACCCAGAACCCAUUCACCAACAUAAUUCACAAAUAGUUCUGGGUUAUUUAUCAUGACAGAAUGGACAUGAUACACUGGGAAAGUUGUAUAGAAUGGAGGUAAAUUACCUUUGAUAACUGAGGAUGUGGCCAAUAGGUGCACAGUACAGAGGUUGUCUGUAUCAUGCUCACCAAGCUUCCUGUUAUAUCAGAAUAUUACCAUAUAUACUGCUAUAACCAGGACACGACAUGCCCGAUCCGUGAUUUGCUUCUAAGAUGCUUCUAUUUGUGCAAUAUUGUUAUACACUGAUCUGUGAAUCAGCUUGGAUACAGACAUCUUUAGAUGAGCUUGCUUGCAUACUGAGAUCUGUAGCUCAGCUUGCUUGCAUACUGACUUCUAUAGAUCACUUGCUUAAACACGAGACGUUUAGUUCAGCUUGGUGAGAUAUGAGAUCUCUACAUCAGCUCACCCAGACACUGUGGUCUGUGGAUCGGCUUGUUUAGAUACUAAGAUGAAUGGAUCAGCUUGUAAGAAUGUGACACUUUAUUUUUCAUGAUGUUAGAAUGUGACACCAGACCUGAUCACAAUGUCAACCGUUCUGAAGCCUUUGAAAUGUCAGCAGGUUAUGUUGCAAACCAUUUUAACAAAUCAAAAACAUGUAUUGAUAUACGUUGUUUUUCAAUCAAACAACAUGCUUUAAUGCUGUAUUGGCUCAAAUGAUUUUUUUCCCUAGUUGUUUUUAUGUUUUAUGCCUUGUUGUCCAGAAUGAGUUUAUUAUGGGAUGUCUGUGUGGCUCAUAUGAUACACAUGAGUUGAGAUACAGCAAACCGGAAUUUGUAUCAUCUGCAUGAUACAAUUGUUGUAUUAAUCAAAGCUGUGACGCAAUGUUUUAUCGUGGUCAAUAACAACCAUGUUUGCAAGGACAAGGCAAAAAGUCCAAUGAAAUGAAAAGACAAUGAAAUAUUUGCCUUGGUUUGUAAACUGUAAUGAUGGAUGGUUACUGAGAUGAGGUGUUGUGGAAACAAUGAUGCAUGAAAUUAAACCUUUGACUAAUAUGAGAUUUCUUUCUUUAAUGUACUAAAUGUCUGAAAUAAACUUUUGCCGGACACCCUUGCAUGCUGUACAUCCAGCUCCCUAUGUAGGUUAACAAAUCUACGUUAGCUCAGGUUAGGGAUCAGCCAUUUAUCUUUCUGAGGUGGUAGGGUGAUGAUGAGGGGUGCAAGGGGUGGCUGGUCGGAAGGGAUGUAAGUUGACACUGGUUGGUGUAUGUCAUAAUUUAAGCAUUUGAAAAUUUACUUUAACUUACAGCAGCAUAGUUCAGUUCAGUAUAUGAGCCUUGACCCAGCCAUGUUAUGGAGAUAAAUGGCUGGUCCCCUGUGUUGAUGGAUGUGUAAAUGUUGUUGUGUAGAGUGGAGCAUAAGAGAAGAAUAAAGGAUUUCAUUCAAA